GGUUCCUUGUAGUCUUUCUCUUCACGUCAUCUGAAAUCUGAAAAUUCGUCCAUCGAGCUCUAAUGUUUUUGACAACUCGCUCAAUAGUUACGGUUAUAAGAAGUCCUCCAAUUUGGGAUAUUGAAAAUUAUAAAAAGGAAUUAUUCCGAAGAAAUGGGUGUUGAUUCGUUGUGAAUUUCAAAGUUUUCGUGAGGUUUUCUUUUCUUUCUUUUCGAGCUGAAUCUUCAAUGGCUUCUCGACCUCAAUCGUUCGGCCAAACGGAAAUUAACUGGGACAAGCUCGAUAAAACUAAAUUUUAUGUCGUAGGAGCUGGCCUGUUUACAGGACUUACUGUGGUGCUGUAUCCAGUCUCUGUUAUAAAAACAAGGCUACAGGUUGCUUCAAAAGAUUCUAUUGAGAGAAAUGCAUUUUCCAUUGCCAGAGGAAUACUGAAAACAGAUGGAAUUCCUGGUUUGUACAGAGGGUUUGGUACGGUCAUCACUGGUGCAGUCCCUGCCAGGAUUAUCUUUCUUACUGCUCUGGAGACCACAAAAGUGGCUGCAUUCAAGGUUGUUGAACCGCUUAAGCUUUCUGAACCAUCAGAGGCAGCCAUAGCAAAUGGGCUUGCUGGCAUGACAGCAUCAUUAUUUGCUCAGGCAGUGUUUGUUCCAAUAGAUUUGGUUAGCCAAAAGUUGAUGGUGCAAGGAUAUUCAGGUUAUGCGACGUAUAAUGGGGGCCUGGAUGUUGCUCGUAAGAUUCUAAAAUCUGAGGGAAUUCGAGGAUUCUAUAGAGGAUUUGGGUUAUCAGUUAUGACAUAUUCGCCAUCUAGUGCUGUAUGGUGGGCCAGUUAUGGUUCAAGCCAGCGCUUCUUGUGGAGCAAGAUCUUAGGCAAUGAGACUGAACAAAAUAAGGAACGUGUUCCCAGCCUUAUGACAAUAGUGUUAGUUCAAGCAACAGGAGGAAUUUUUGCUGGUGCUGUGGCAUCCUCAAUCACUACACCAUUGGAUACCAUUAAGACUAGACUACAGGUAAUGGGGCAUGAAAAGAGAGAAACUGCAAGGAAGGUAGUCAAAAGAUUGAUUGCUGAAGAUGGAUGGAAAGGUUUCUAUAGAGGAUUGGGUCCAAGGUUUUUCAGCAUGUCAGCGUGGGGAACCUCAAUGAUCUUAGCCUAUGAAUAUCUAAAGCGUUCGUGUGCGAAGGGUGAAUAUGUUUGAAGCUAUUAAGUGGCCACAGCACCUAUUAUUCUUUCUUUGUGAACCAUAGAAUUGAGCUCUCCAGGACUGGUUGGGGAUUCAAAAUUCUCAGCUCGUCAUUCACUGUGGCUGUAUUGGUUACACAAGAGGCAUCUUUUCUUGCACCAGAUCGAGAAAAUGUGACACUGCUAUUCAAAUGGGGAAUUAACAUACCACAGCGGUGAAAUUGGAGCCAAUUCUUUUCAAGUUAGGUUAUGAAUUUUUGGUUCAUAACAUUUUUUGCUGUAUACCUAUGUAUUUUGGUCUCUUGUUUUCUUUGAUAUUUCAACACCUUAGAUUUACAAAUCAUAAGUGGUGCUUCCAGCUCCAUGUAGGGAUGUAAAAG